AUGGUACCCGCUCGCCGAAGAGGGAAUGCUUCUAGUAGCGAGCCAGUGGGGCGAAAGAAGGGGGGGGUGAGAAUUCGUAGGGUAGCGCGCCAGGAUGCACCGUGGAAGCUUGGAGAGAAGAACACGACCCCAGGACGGCUGGAUCAAGAAGAGAAGCUUGCCGUGGAAGACUCGGUGCUCGCGCACAUGCCAGCCGCCGUCAAGCCGCUCGCCUGCCUCGCCCGCCCGUGUCGGGCCACGUGCAGGGUGGAAUGGGCCGAAGGAGAAUGCGAACGAUGCGACGGGGAACUCGGUGCGACCGCGGACGAAAUCGAGGCGAGGUCCAAGGCGCCGCACGCUCUCCGCGCACAGUCGUGGGGCAGAGAGGGAAUUGGGCAGCGGAGCGACGAGGACGAGCCACGACGAGGACGGGGCUCCCUCUCAAGGGGCGAGGAGAGGGCUGGUAUGGGGUUUGCCAUUGCGGUCGCCUAA